GUAGAGGCACGCUCGUACCGCCUGUUUAAUAAUCAACCUAAGAUAGUCAAGCAUGAUUCUCGACUAUGCGAGUCUCCAACACAGAUUGACUGAUUAACCGCCGAUCAAUCGAUGGAAGAGAAAUAAAGAUGCCAUGUGAGCGGUGGGAAUGGGCAAGCGGAACAGGCAAAUAGGAGUAUACUCAAAGAUGCGUACUACCACCCUUACCACGACGGCACUUCCAUCCUUUCCUUCCUUCCAGUAACUUCCGCCGUUUAUAAAUACCGCCGAGCUCUCACUCCCACAUGAUAAACUGCUACACGCCCCCCAUCAAAAGCCCCUACACUUUUUGCGCCAUUAAAGAAGAGGAUACUCCAGCCAGCCACAAGAAACUCUACCCCAAACACCAGUCCCGUCCUUCUUCCUCCUCCGCCUCCAGAGUCCAGAGUCCAGACCAACCAGGACCCGGAGAAUCCCCGUAGCGCACUGCUCCUAGUUACGUAGUACGCGGGAUACACUGUGCUGUGCUCCCCUGCUUCUGUACUUGUGUUGGAUUUCAUACAGCGCCAGAGAGCUGGUCUGUGUUCAGUGUCUGGCCGGGAGAGGAAAUCGACUACCGGAGAGUCGAGCGCUAGCGGAGCGUGUGUGAUGUACGGUGCGGCGCUGCCCAAGGACCUCAACCUGCCGAUCCAGCUGCAGCAGCCGGCCGCCGGCGUGCGGACGCCCCCGCAGCAGCCGAUGAGCGCCCCCGGCCUGCUCCGGUACAGGUCGGCCCCCAGCACUCUGCUCGGCGACGACUUCCUCCCUGCAGCAGCCGCCGGCACCGGCCCGGAUGACGCCGUCUUCGCCCGCUUCCUCGCCGGCGGCCACCGCCCAGAUAUCAGGGACGACAACAAGCCUCCCCGCCCUGUCAAUAGCCACUUUCCGGAGGUCGCCGCCACGGCAGCGUCCAUGGCGGCCUCACAGCAGCAGCUGAUGUAUCAGUCGCAGCAGCAGAUGGCAGCCAUGGAGGGCACCGCCCUGUACCGCACCGCAAGCACCGGCGGUGGGACGGACCAUGCCGCUAGCGGCGGCGGCAACAGCCUGCUGCUCCGGCAGAGCAGCUCCCCCGCCGACUUCCUCAACCAUCUGAACAUGGACAACGGAGGAUACGGGAAUAUGCUCAGAGCGGGCAUGUCCGGCGGCGGCGGCGGUUUCAGGAACGGCGAGGCGCCGCGGCUCAAGGGGCAGCUGAGCUUCUCGUCGUCGCGGCAGGGGUCGAUGAUGUCGCAGAUCUCGGAGAUGGUCGGCGAGGAGCUGGGCGGCGGCGGCGGCAAUAGCAGCGCCGACGACGAGGCCGGCAGCAACGGCGGCUACGGCAUCCCCGGCCCCGGCGGGUACCCGAUGGGCGGUGCCGCCUCCUCCGCCGGCUGGGACGACCCCUCGCCGUCGCCGCUGCUGUCCGUCGACAGCCUGCAGUCCUCCGGACCAGCUGCUGCAGCGAAGCGCCGCCGCGACUCCCCCGGCAACAAUGGCGCGUCGGUGCCGCCGAUCAAGCACCAGCUCAGCCUGCCGCCUAGCGGCAAGACGUCGCCAGAGAUGGCUGCCAUCGAGAAGUUCCUCCAGUUCCAGGACGCCGUGCCCUGCAAGAUCCGCGCCAAGCGCGGCUGCGCCACCCACCCCCGCAGCAUCGCCGAACGGGUGCGGAGGACGAAGAUCAGCGAGCGGAUACGGAAGCUGCAGGAGCUCGUCCCCAACAUGGAAAAGCAAACCAACACGUCUGACAUGUUGGAUCUGGCUGUCGACUACAUCAAGGAACUCCAGAUGCAGGUCAAGGUGAUGAACGACGGCCGGGCCAGUUGCACAUGCUCAGCGAGCAGACCGAAGCAGUUCGCUGGCUGAUCAAGCUUCCACGGCCGCAUGGGAUCGGGAGAAGAAGCGUCGAUCUCCAUCUGCUUGCGCCGCACCGCGAGAGCUAUUUUUUCAUCUUCUUCGAGUCCUAGAUAGGAGGAUAGCUACUACUACUCCAAUAGCAAUGCAGUUGAAAAUUUAAAUGGCUGGUGUACCGUACGCGUACGACGACGUCCGUUUCCGCCAGUCACUGACAAUGGUCCGUGAAAACAGAGGACCAUGGAGGCCGUACGUACUGCCAUCGCCAUCAAGAGGUUUAACGGGAGAUUAGGUUUGUACACGCAGGUUCGUUAACAGGCAUCGUCUGGGUCCCACGUCUCAGGGACAAACUGCGCACUUAAUUUUAAAAGGUUGGUCCUUCCUGAUGUGAAGUGUACAUAAUCGCAAUAAUUUUACACGACCGAUCUGUUUAUUUUUUA